AAAGUCAUUCAGUUUUUUUAUUUAUUUUGAACAAAUUUGUUAGUUGAAAUGAGUGAUCCUAAUUUUUCAUUGUUACCGAGAGUUGUCAACGGAGCUAUUGCAGCGACCAUUGGAGCUGCGGCUGUUUUUCCUUUGGAUUUGGUAAAAACUAGAUUACAAAACCAACAUGUCGGCCCAAAUGGUGAAAAACAAUACUCGUCCAUGUUUGAUUGUUUCAAGAAAACAUUACAACAUGAAGGAGUUCGCGGAUUAUACAGCGGUUUAGCAAUAAAUCUGUCGUUGGUCGGAAUAGAAAAAGGCCUUAAAUUGUCGGCCAAUGAUUAUUUUCGAUAUUAUUUAAGCUCAAAGGAUAAGCGUUUGUCCCUUUCAAGACAAGCCCUCGCAGGUGCUGGCGCAGGUGUAAUACAAACAUUAGUGUCAUGUCCCAUGGAACUACUCAAGAUUCAACUCCAAGAUGCCGGGCGUGUAGCAAUUGAAGCAAGAAAAUCUGGUAAAGCGGUGGAAAAGUUAUCAGGACUUGGCGUUGCAGCAAAAUUGUUUAGAGAAAAAGGCAUUUUUGGGUUGUACAGAGGCAUUGUUGCUACAGCCUACAGAGAUAUAACAUUUGCAUUUAUUUAUUUUCCUAUGUACUCAUACAUUCAUGAUUUGGGGCCCACUGAUCCGGAUGGUGAAGCAAAAUUAUACUGGCAUUUGAUAUGUGGCCUUUUGUCGGGGGCAGCCUCUGCGUGGAUUUGCACGCCUUUUGAUGUGAUCAAGACUCGUUUCCAGGCAAUUGCUAAGAGUGAAGGGCAAAAGCAAUACAAAGGACUUUGGCAUUGUUUUACGGACACAUGGCAAACUGAAGGGAUUACAGCAUUAUUCAAGGGCGGUGGAUGUCGAAUCAUUGUGAUUGCGCCUUUAUAUGCAAUAGCUCAAGCUGUGUACUACUUUGGAAUAGCAGAAGCUAUAUUGGGUAUAGAUAGACAAAAAAGUGUAAAAAUCAUUUUUAGAUUAAUACCACGUAUUGUAAAUAGUGCUAUCGCUGGUAUCAUCGCUUCACUGUUGGUCUAUCCUAUCGACUUGGUAAAAACGCGCUUUCAAACUCAACUAAUCACUCCAGACGGACAACAAAAAUAUACAUCUUUAACGAAUGCUUUGGUAAAAAUUCAUAAACACGAAGGAUUUAUUGGAUUGUAUCGCGGAUUAUCGGUGAAUGUAUUACUAGUGACACCUGAAUUGGUUGUUCAAAUCACCGGAAACGACUGUUUUAGACAUCUCUUCCAACCACCGAAAGGGGAAGACAACAUGUAUUGGCAAGGAAUGGCCGCCGCUUGUACAGGUGUAUUAGCAACCCUCAUUACUUCGCCAAUGGAGUUAUUCAAAAUACAACUGCAAAACGAAGGACUCAAGUUAAAAGAAACUAAUAAUAUUUCUACGAAGCACUCGUUGACUGCUAGGAUAGUGUUACGAAAAAUAAUCAAGGAAAAUGGAAUUUUAGGGAUUUUCAAAGGAAUCGUGCCUUGUGCAUUGAGAGAUAUACCUUUUGCCGUUAUUUAUUUUCCCUUAUUUGCGUUCCUGUAUGAUAAGGGUCCUAAAAGUUCCAACGACGAAGCUACCUCUAGCUGGUCUCUCUUUUCAGGCAUCAUGUCAGGAGCAGCUAGUGCAUUUCUCCUAACACCGGCUGAUGUUGUAAAAACCCGUAUCCAAACACUGAAUUCCGGAGUGCAAUAUGACGGCGUUGUUGAUUGUUUCAAAAAAAUUUAUCGCAAUGAAGGAUUCUUUUCAUUUUUUCGAGGAGCCGGUUGCCGAGUGUUAGUCAUAGCUCCACUUUUUGGAUUCACCGAAAUGAUUUAUUACUUCGGCGUUGCUGAAACACUCUUUAACUUACCAACACAAACAUUUGUGCGGCAUAAAUAGUAAUAUAUGUUGUAAAGAAAUUUAAAA